UUGAACGAUCAGGAUUUUAUCGACCGUAUUCAAGAGAAGAUCGAGCGACUCACGGGGCGCGACAUCGAGUUGCGCAUCGACGAGGACGAUGGCGGGCAGCUGGGAGUGGACUUCGACCGUGAAGUGCCCGUCGUAGUCAUGGGGAACAACAUCUUCCAGUAUUCCGGGUUCGCGCGGCUAUGUACCGAGUAUGCAGUCGCCUCGAUCCGGGAGCGGAGGGAGAUUCCGGAGAUCGAGUUCCAGAUGCUGUUGGCCAGGAACUGA